AUAUCCGUCUCCUCCGUGUGGUCGUUCACUCUGACGGUCAGGUCAGUCGGGUCAGGACGGCAGGAGCAGCGAUGACGACGUACACGGACAAAGGAGAAAAGCACGAUCAGGGCCGGUUCCUCUGCUUCGACCACCUGACCUUCUGGGUCGGAAACGCCAAGCAGGUACGCUCAUUAAGUUAUAACAGGGGGGGUUGCGACCCGUGGGCCUACGGGGGCUUGGAGCCCGGCAGCCGCGAUGUGGUGUCGCACGUGGUCAAACAAGACAAGAUCAUUUACGUUUUUUCUUCUGCCCUCAACCCCGGAAACAAAGAGAUGGGAGAACAUUUGGUGAGACACGGGGACGGAGUGAAGGACAUAGCGUUUACCGUGGAGGACUGUGAUUUUAUCGUAAAGAAAGCCAAGGAGAACGGCACAGUACUCGUAAAGGAACCUCACACCCUGGAGGACAAACACGGCAAAGUCCGACUAGCGGUCCUCCAGACGUACGGUGACACCACACACACCCUGGUGGAGAGGACGGGAUACGGCGGCGUGUUCCUGCCAGGAUUCCAAUCUUCUGCGGUCAAAGACCCUUUAUUGGCCAAACUUCCCGGUGGGAAGCUCAACUUCAUCGACCACGUCGUGGGAAACCAACCCGACGACGAGAUGGUUCCGGUCGUGGAAUGGUAUCGGAGGAACCUCCUGUUCCAUCGGUUCUGGUCGGUGGAUGACAAGCAGCUGCAGACGGAGUUCAGUGCCCUGCGCUCCAUCGUCAUGGCCAACUACGAGGAGACGGUGAAGAUGCCCAUCAACGAGCCGGCGAUGGGGAAGAGGAAGUCUCAGAUCCAGGAGUACGUGGAGUACUAUGGAGGACCAGGAGUACAGCACAUAGCCAUGAACACUUCAGACAUAAUUACUGCAAUCACCAACCUGAAAGAACGCGGCAUGGAGUUCAUGUCGGUGCCCGACACGUAUUACGAACAGCUGAGGGAGAACCUGAAGGGGUCAAAGGUCAAGAUCACAGAGGACCUGGACGUCCUGCAGGGCUUGAGCAUCCUGGUGGACUAUGACGACAAUGGAUACUUACUUCAAAUCUUCACCAAACCCGUCCAGGACCGGCCCACGGUGUUCCUGGAGGUCAUCCAGAGACACAACCACCAGGGUUUUGGUGCCGGGAACUUCAAAUCCCUCUUCGAAGCCAUCGAAGCCGACCAGGCCGCCAGAGGAAAUCUGACCGUGCUGACGCCAAACGGAGACGCGCAGAACAUCUGAAACCUUGUCUUUUAUUCUCACACCACGUGGGCCACACGUGAUAGACGCUAAUAGUAACCCACACACCGUGCUAAUGCUAGUGUGCUAAUUAAGAAUCCACAGAGAGAAGAGUUAAAAAUCGUGUCACUCUCAACAGAAUUACGAAUUAUGAUUUUUUUUAAAACAACACAGUCAACGUACACGUUAAAGCUUGACUCAAGCAAAAAAAACAU